GGGUUUUAGGGUUCUUAUGGCGGUGAGCAACCGGGUGCUGCGCAAUCGGCCCAAGGCGCGCUACAUGAGAGCGUGCAAGCUAUAUGUAAAUGGCCUCGCGUGGGGAGUCGAUGAUCUAUCGCUGCGCGGCGCGUUUGAGGAGUUUGGCGACGUGAUUGACACGAAAGUCAUGACCGAUCCAGACACUGGUAGAUCAAAGGGCUUUGGAUUCGUCACAUUCAAGCGGGAGGACGAAGCCAAGGAAGCGCUGGAAUCCAUGGAUGGGAAGGACUUCGCCGGUCGCAGCAUUCGCGUCGAUUACGCCAAGACGCAGAAGGAAAUGCAGCAAAACCCGCCGAGCUACCGGAACUUCCUCGACCUGCUCUCGGAGAUUCCCAAUACGAAGAGCAUUGCGAGCCCCUCGCAUUUUCUAUUGCGCUGCGCAGCGGCUAUGGCGAUGUCCUCUUCGAUCGGGCGCGCCCUGAGGAAGGCCGCGAGCGCGCGCGCCUUGGCGCCGCAAACGAGCGCCGCCAUGGCGGCCGCGAGCGUCUCCGUGCCGGUGAUGCAGAUUCUCAGCCGCUCCUAUGCUUCCAAGCUUUUCAUUGGCGGCCUUGCUUGGGGCGUUGAUGAUGGAACCUUGAGGACCGCAUUCGCGAACUACGGCGAAGUCACGGAAGCGAGAGUUAUAAUGGAUCGUGAGACUGGAAGGUCGAGAGGAUUCGGCUUCGUUACCUUUGAGAACGACAACGAAGCGAAAGCAGCAGUCCAAGGAAUGGACGGCCAUGAGCUCGGCGGCCGUAGCAUUCGCGUCGACUACGCCUCGGACAGGCCAUCAGCUCCCAGACAAGACUUCGGCGGCGGUGGCUUCGGCGGUGGUGGCGGUGGCUAUGGCGGUGGCGGUGGUGGUUUCGGUGGCGGUGGUGGUGCCUAUGGCGGAGGCAACGAAGUAAUGUGAGAUCGAGAGAACACACAGGAACUGCCAAUGCCUAUUUAACAUAAGAAAAAGAAAAGGAGGGCUUUUUGAUAGGAGUGUGAUAGAAAAUUUGAGAACAAUGUAUUUGACUUCUAUAAA